CCGAAAGCUCUCGUCAAAACCCUAAUCGCUUCGCGCUUCGUCCUCGGUAAUGGCUUCCAUUGCACGCACUUUCCUCAGAGCUCGCGUCGUCAAACCCUCAUCCAUUCCCAAGCUCUCCCCCUCCACCAUCGCUCCUUCUCCUCCUGCUCGCCGCCUCUUCUCCUCUAGAUCUCCCGCUCAGCUCGGAUGCCUCGCCGGUUCCUUGCUCCCUCUUCACAGCGCUGUUGCCGCCGCCAGGCUGACCUCUCGGCUGAGCCCCACUACGGCGUCGCUGAGUUGCCGGGCUCUAUCUCAAGCGAAGAGGCACAUGAUUUUUCCAGUCUUUAAAAGCUCUAGUGUGGGAACUUGCCAUUGUUGGAUUGUGCGUUUCACUGGAUUCUCUCAAAUGGAAUUGAUGGUACGUGAAUAUUUUUGCUUCAUCCAUUCUGUUUUAAAGGGGUUGGGUUAUCAGUUCCAAGGUGAAAAUGCAAGCCUUACACCACCACAGUGCCUUUUUUGCUUAUAAUGUGUUUUUCAUACUAUUGAUUUGUUCAUGACCAUUAGCUUUCUGCAUUAUGUAUUGAAGAGCAACAACAUAUUUGUGUUUCUUAAAAAAGCUCUGGUCUGUGGAAUCAGUAACAUCCACCUUGAAUCAAUUGGUAUCUAGUUCAAUGACUAGGUUUGAUAUUAAUUA